AUGGCGGUGGUCGACCGCAUCGCGCGACUGCUGGCGAUCGUCGCCGAGAGCGGCCGCGAGGGCUGCCGUCUGCGCGAUCUGGUCGAGCGCUCGGCGCUCAACCGCGCCACGGCCUACCGCCUGGUCGACAACCUGCGCCGCCACGGCUUCCUGCGCCAGGGCGCCGACGGCAAGACCUAUCACCUGGGACUGCAACUGCUCAGCCUCGGCGCCAUGGCCGGCAGCCACGAGGGCCUGCGCGAGAUCGCCCGCCCCUGCCUGAUGCGACUGGCAGCCGAGUACAGCGACACCUUCUUCCUCUUCGUGCGCGACGGCUACGAGAACGUCUGCAUCGACAUCCGCGACGGCCGCUACCCGGUGCGCAGCUACACCCGCGGCAUCGGCGGCCGGGUGCCGCUGGGCGUCGGCCAGGCCGGGCUGGCGGUGCUGGCCUUCCUGGAGGACGACGACCGCGAGGAGGUGCUCUCGCGCAACCGCGGCAAUCUGGAGAGCAACUUCGCCGUGCGAGUCGAGACGCUGCCGGACUUCGCCGAAAUCCGCGCGCGCGGCUACGUCAGCGACACGGGAAGCUGCAUGAUCCCCGAAUACACCGGCGUCGGCGCGCCGAUCUUCGACAGCAACGGCCAGCCGGUGGCCGC